UGUCAGUCUUGGAAUGUCGUCGCCGGCGGCGGGAGUCAGAUGCUCGGCUGCUAAGCACCGCUGAGGAGCAUCGCGGCAUCCUGCAGGUUACGCAAGUGUUUGGCGUCACCGUGAGGAAUACAAUGCGUGUUGCGCUCACACUACCUAGCAGCCGUCUUCAAGUACCAAGCUCCUCUCCGUAAUUCCCAAGUCGUCAUCGUUCCGGACUUGUGCCCCCGCUGACUCGGAUACCAUGCUCAUCGGACAGGUGGUCCUGACGCUGUGCUCGCUGUGGCCCGCCACCGCCCUGCCGCUCGCGGCUGGGAAUAUCGGGAAUGCGUUUGGAAUGCCCGAGAGCGACGGCAGGAUUCUGCAGCGCUCCAAGCGGGGAUGGAUGUGGAAUCAAUUCUUUCUGAUGGAGGAAUACACAGGAAACGACCAUCAGUACGUCGGCAAGAUACACUCCAACAUGGACAAAGACGACGGCACCGUCAAGUACGUCCUGACGGGAGACGGCGCCGGCGCGCUAUUUCUGAUAGACGAAAAGUCGGGCGAUAUCCACGCCACCAAGAAGCUGGACCGCGAGGAGAAGGCCAUGUACACGCUCCACGCCAAGGUACUGGAUCGCAUCACCAACGAAGAGCUGGAACCCGACACAGAGUUCAACAUCAAGAUCCACGACAUCAACGACAACGCGCCCAAGUUUGAGCGGGACAUCUACUUCGCCAGUGUGCCAGAGAUGUCAGAUGUCGGUACUUCUGUGGCUACCGUGACGGCAACGGACGCCGACGACCAAACGUACGGCAACAGCGCCAAGCUGGUCUACAGCAUUCUGCAGGGACAGCCUUACUUCUCUGUGGAUUCUGAGAACGGAACCAUCAAGACAGCACUGCCCGGCAUGGACAGGGAGGUCAAGGAGAACUACCAGGUGGUGAUCCAGGCUAAGGACAUGGCCGGACAGAUGGGGGGCCUCUCGGGGACCACCACGGUCAGCAUUACCCUCUCUGACGUCAAUGACAGCCCGCCGCGCUUUGCCAAUCACUCCUUCCGCAUCACCGCCGUGGAGUCCACGGAGAUCGGCAGCGCCGUCGGCCGCAUCAAAGCCGACGACCCGGACGUGGGCCGCAACGCCGAGAUGGAGUACAGCGUGGUGGGAGGCCACGACAACUUCAAUAUCGUCACAGACAAAACCACGCAGGAGGGCGUCGUCCUCAUCAAAAGGGCGCUCGAUUAUGAAAGCAAGCGGGACUACGAGUUCAGGGUCGAGGUGAGAAACACGUACCUGGACGCCAGGUACAUCCAGGGUCUGCAGUUCAAGGACUUCGCCACCGUCAAGGUCACGGUGGAAGACGUGGACGAGCCCCCCGUUUUCACACGCAACCCUUACAUCAUCGAGGUGCACGAGGACACGGCCGCCGGUAGCUUCGUGGGCGUGGUGUCGGCCCGGGACCCCGACGCCGACAACAAGAUGGUCAAAUACUCCAUUGAUCGUCACACCGACCUCGAGAGGCUCUUUAACAUCGAUUCUUCAAAUGGCACCAUUACAACCCGGAAAGCUUUGGAUAGAGAAAUGUCCAAAUGGCACAACAUCUCCGUGAUGGCUGCAGAAAUAAACAACCCACGUCAGAUUGCCCGUGUGCCAGUAUUUAUCAAAGUGCUGGAUGUGAAUGACAACGCCCCGGAGUUUGCCAUGUCCUAUGACACGUUCGUCUGCGAGAACGUCAAAGCAGGACAGUUGAUUCAAACUAUUAGUGCUGUGGAUACAGACGAGCCCCUGGUUGGACAUAAGUUUGUCUUCAGUAUUAAGGCAGACAAUCCAAACUUCACCAUUAGUGACCGGGAAGAUAACACCGCCAAUAUCCUGACCCGGCGGGGAAGCUUCAGCCGGCGCGAGAUGAGCGUCUAUUUUCUGCCUGUGGUAAUUUCAGACAACGACUACCCCAUCCAGAGCAGUACCAGCACGCUGAUCGUGCGCGUUUGCGCCUGCGACAGCCGUGGCAACAUGCAGUCGUGCAGCCCCGAGGUGCUGCCCUUUUCUGAUGGACUCACCACCGGCGCCCUGGUGGCCAUAUUGCUCUGCGUCAUCAUUCUGCUCAUGAUUGUGGUUUUGUUCGCCGCCCUGAAGAGGCAGAGGAAGAAAGAGCCUCUGAUCAUCUCCAAAGAUGACGUCCGGGACAACGUGGUCAGCUACAACGACGAGGGCGGUGGCGAGGAGGACACGCAGGCCUUCGACAUCGGAACGUUACGCAACCCCGAGGUGAUGGAUGCUAACAAGUUACGCAGGGACAUCAUCCCCGAAAUGCUGUUUUCCUUUCGGAGGACAUCACCCAUAAAGGAUAACACGGACGUCAGAGACUUCAUUAACGGGAGGCUUCAAGAGAACGAUAGCGACCCGACUGCGCCCCCUUAUGACUCGUUGGCCACGUACGCUUACGAAGGCAGCGGCUCUCUGGCGGAAUCGCUCAGUUCGCUGGAGUCCUCCGCCACAGAGGGGGACCAGGAGUACGAUUACCUCAGCAGCUGGGGACCGCAGUUCAAGAAGCUAGCGGAAAUGUACAUCGGGAGAAGCCCCGAUCGGGAGACCUAGAAAGAACCCGAUCCCGUUUUUCCAGUCGGUCUGUUUGUUAGCGAGCUAGCCAGGCCCACUCUUCGUCCCGCUAGCCUGCGAGCUAGCAAGUCUACCGUCAGCCUACCUAUGUAUCAAGCUUAUUAUCUGUUCAUGUCCGUUGCGCGAGCUAGUGCGCUAGUCCACUAGUUGUCUGCUUGACUCUCACACGUGCACUCACGCGCGCUGAAGGCUGACGAGGAUUAGAACUUGACCAGGACACUCCGAUUCUCAAAGUUUUACUGUUUUUGGUCAUCAUAAGUAAAUAAGUAAAGAUGCCUUUUGACUUUUAGGACUUUUUUGUGAACAAUGGCGUGGAAAUGUGUUUUGUAAUUGAGCAGAGCAAUAGCAGUAUUGUAUACCCUCAAUGUUUAAUGGCACUGGAUUGUGUUUGGGAGCGCAGUCACUCCAUGGAAAACUGUACAUGUACAAAGUGUUUUUAAACACCGUAUAUACUCUUUGCUAUUAUUUGUCUGAUCGGCAAUGUCCAUGUGAACGGUUGGUGCAGUUAAUUUUUUUCAAACUGGAAUCAUUUCAUCAUGUAGGCGUAACAUGUAACCAGAAAGUGUACGUUGUAGGAAAACACUGGAUUCAUGCUGCUUGA